UGAAGCUGCUUCUCAGAAAGAAGAAGAGGUUUUAGUGUAAAAAUACAAAUUCACACACUGAACUCAUCUGCAGUAUCCUGUGAAAUCACCAGCAUAUCUUUGUAACAGUAGCUGGUGACCAGUUAGCACUUUUGAGAUAAAAAAAAUAGCAUCACUGGGAGGAACUGUGAAGCGCUGCCAGCGUUUAAGGAAAUUAAGGUUUUCUAUGAAGAUCAGUUCUGUUGCAGUUUCGUUUAGUUCCAGGCAGAAUGCGGGCUGGGAAACUCUACAUUGUGAUGUUGCUGUCCACAGUGGCGUGCUUUGGACAGGAAACAGGUCUCCCAGCAACAACAACUCCAACUCCUCCUCCUACCACUGGCAAGCCAAAGCCUGUCCUGACCCAGGAGCCUGCAGGAGAGAUAUUUGAAGGAGACACAGUCACUCUGAGCUGUGUGGUUGAGGGGGGCUCUGAUGGCUGGAGCUAUCUCUGGUACAAAGGCAGUCAGCACAGUACUCCAGUGUACCAGACUGACAGCAGCAGUGGAACUGGAGCCGGAUACACAAUCAGACCUGCUGCUCUGAAUCACAGUGGAGAGUACUGGUGUCGAGCUGAAAGAGGGAGCAACCUGUUUAACUCAGACUACAGCAAUGCUGUCAAUAUACAAUUAUCAGAACGACCCCAGGCUGUCCUGACGCUGGAGCCUGCAUGGACACAGAUAUUCAAAUCAGAGAGAGUGACACUGAGAUGUGAGGUUCAGGGGGAUUACACUGACUGGAGAUUCACAUGGUACAAAGCUGGGAGGAAUGCUCCAGUAACCCAGGAUUACUACAGCAGUACAGAUGGUUACAGAUACACAAUUAGCUAUGCUACUAGAGACCACAGUGGAGAAUAUACCUGUAAAGGUGAAAGGACAGGUAACCCAUCGUACUCUAAAACAAGCGAUGCUCUUGCACUGAGAGUAUCAGCUGGCAAGCCAAAGCCUGUCCUGACCCGGAAGCCUGCAGGAGAGAUAUUUGAAGGAGACACAGUGACUCUGAGCUGUGUGGUUGAGGGGGGCUCUGAUGGCUGGAGAUAUCUCUGGUACAAAGACAGGCAGUACAGCACUCCAGUGUACGAGUUUGACAGCAGCAGUGGAACUGGAGCCGGAUACACAAUCAGUGCUGCUGCUCUGUCCCACAGUGGAGAGUACUGGUGUCGAGCUGAAAGGGGGAGCAAACCGUUUAACUCACAAUACAGCAAUGCUGUCAAGAUACAAGUUUUAGAGCGGUUCAGCACACCCACUCUGACAGUGAGGCCUCAUGCCUCAGUGUGGGAGGGAGAGGCUGUGAUUCUGCAGUGUGGGGCUCAGAUAAAUAAACAGGGCACCCGGCUGCAGUACCGCUAUAGCAAAGACAAUGGAGAUCUGAGUGGAGCUGGAUCACAGGCUCAGCAUUCAAUCCCAGUGGCAGGACUGAGAGACACAGGGAGCUACCAGUGUGAGGUGGAGGCAGCAGGGACGGGGCUGAAGAAAAGGAGUUAUUCUGUGUCACUGACUGUGAAAGAGCUGCCCCAGACUACACUCACCCUGGAGCCUCCAUUCCCAGAGAUAUUCACCGGGGAGACAGUCACUCUGAGGUGUGGGGUUGAGGGGGGUUCUGCUGGCUGGAAAUAUCUCUGGUACAAAGACAGUGAGGACACUCCAGUGCUCCAGACUGCUGGCCGCAGUAUAACUGGUGACAGCUACACCAUCACUGCAGCUGCUGUAUCUGACCAGGGCCAGUACUGCUGUCGAGGACAAAGAGGAGAUCAGCCACGCUACUCACAGCUCAGUGAUAAAGUAAUAUUAACUGUGUCUGAUGUUCGUCCCAAGGCUGUCCUGACCCUGCAUCCUGCCUGUGCACAGAUAUUCACAGGAGAGACAGUCACCCUGAGGUGUGAGGUGGAGGGGGGCUCUGCUGGCUGGAGGUUUAAACAGUACAGAGAUGGACGUGAAGAGGCAUGGUGCAGUGAUCAAUACAGGAGGAGAGAUGGGGACAGCUGCACAAUCAGUUACGCUCAGCAUUACCACAGUGGAGUGUACUGGUGUGAGUCUGGACAGGAGCGCAGUAAUGCUGUCAACCUAACUGUGUCCAAUGAAUGGGUGAUCCUGCAGACUCCCCCCCAGCCUGUGAUUGAGGGAGACGCUCUGACUCUGAAGUGUCGUGUCCGCUAUGGUUAUACAGCUACCAGGGUUACAUUUUAUAAAGAUAGUAAAGAGUUACAGUCCCAGGCUGGCACAGAGCUGAGUGUGAAUCGUGUUUCAAAGAGUGACGAGGGCUCCUACAAGUGCAGAGCGUGGAGGUGGAGCUCCCAUUACAACCAUUACUCUGAGGAAUCUGCAGAGGUGUGGGUGUCAGUGAGAGAGCUGUUCUCCAGGGUGACUCUGACAGCCUCUCCAGGAGCCACAGUGAAGGAGGGAGAGGCUCUUAACCUGACCUGUGAGGCAGCAGUGAACAAAACCCCCCGCCCUGAACUCCACUACACCAUUGUGAGAGACGGGGAGCCUGUGACUAACAGCACUGACUCUGCACUGUACAGCAUAGCCAGCACGGAGAAGAGCCACACUGGGAGCUACACGUGUGCUGUGGAGUCACAGGGAGUGAAGAAGAGCAGCCAGGAGCUACACAUUGAAGUGCAAACGUCCUGGCACAGCGCGGUUGCUAUUGGCUACAGAGUGAGCUUCACUCUGAUUCAUUUCAUUGUGUUCACUCUGCUGCUCCUUCAAUACUGCAGGAUCCAAGGUUCCCUGUGUAUUGCUGGCGGUACAUCACGGAAAACCUCGGAUCAGGAUCAGGAGCAGUCAGCAGAGAGGAUUGAGCUCUGCAGCCGUGUGCAGCACACUGGAGUGGAACUGCAAUAGUAUUGCACUGUCGUACUGAAGAUCAGCCUGACUGCCAUGUUUUAGAACUACUGUGAAUAUCUGUUCAAACUGCGGCUGUAGUUUACAGAAAAUGACCAUUGACUGGGGUAUUUUCUAAGACCUCAAAACAAAUGGAUUAUUCAUUGAUUGUUUGAUUGAAUUCAUUUAUUUAAUAGAUUGCUUGAUUGCACAGUGUAACUUGAAGUGCAUUACUGAAUAAUGUAUGUAUUCAUAAGCUAUCCUUUAGUCAAUAAACUGCUUUAUUCUA